AUGGCCGCUGGCAUGGAAAUGUCCCUCACUCACAUCUUACCUUUGCUACCUGGAUGCCAUGCAAAUGGUACACACGCUAUCCUUGUUCCGGGUCCAACCUAUCCAACAAUCAUUGAUUCAAUCGAAGUUGCCGGUUUUAGGACCGUUACGUAUUUCCUGAACGAGAAGGACGACAACUGGAUCUUGGACAUUGCUGAUCUAUCUGAAGCCCUUGAAAAAAGUCCGCAUCCUGUGAUGAGUAUAUUUGUGCAGAAUCCAGGUUAUCCAACGGGCCAUAUUCACGAUAUUGACGAAUUACAGACGAUUAUUCGUUUCGCCAAGAAGAACAGGUUGAUAAUAUUUGCGAUAGAAAACUUCCAGUUAGACAUCUAUGACCCAGAAGAAAAACCAUUCGUCUCUAUGAGGAAGGUUCUUUUAGAAAUGGGCAGUGAAUUCGAAUCAGUUCAGCUACUUUCUUUCUUCAGUCCCAACAAGAGUAUUAUUGGUGAACCAGGUAUGUCAGUGACAUACAUCGAUACUUUUCGUUUCGAUGAAGAGGUGUUCGAUACCCUAAUCAAACUUACCCAUAAUCCCCCUGUUAUACAACAAAUAUAUCUCAGUAUGCUUCUCUCCCACCGGCCCUUAAUUGAUUCUCCUUCUUUCAAAGAAUUCCACAAGGAGAAAGAAGAUAUUAUUAAACGAAUCGCAAGAAUUGCAAAAUUGGUCACUAGUUUCUUUAAUUCGCAGCCUUACAUCACUUGUACCAAGCCACACGCUGGACAAACGGUAUUUGCGAAACUAGAAUUUCCUCAAAGUUGGACGUACAUCGGACCCAGAUCUUCGGCUAGCCUGGAAGAAUUUUACUGUCAACAACUUAGAGAUGCAACGCAAGUGCCGAUUAUAGCCGGCAAGUUUUUCUCGGAAUUUCCCGGUUCUUCACAUUUUAAAUUCAGUUUUCCUCUUGACGAAGUUAAGCUUUUACAAAAGCUGGACCAAUUCAAAACUUUUCAUCAGAAAUUUAUUAUGACAAUGGUGAAAUGA